CUGAAACAACCUGCUCAACGCAAGCACACUUUCACACCUCUAAGUACCUGGUCGAACAUAUUAAAAAUAAAUGCGGAGAGAGACGAAGUAAGGCGCCCCGCGAGGCACUUACGGGCAGCACAAGACGGAAGUGUCCCGAUCCCCCAAAGCGAUGACGCGUCCCUGCGUCGUCCACGUCGCAGCUUUCGCAGCCUCGCGCAGACAGUAGGCGGCGGCGUGUUGCGAGCGAGGCCGGAGAAAGAUGGCGGCGCCCGUCCUGAGAGUGUCAACCCCGCGAUGGGAGCGAACGGCCCGGGUUCUCGUGUGUCUGCUGGGCAUCCUGCUGUCGCUCUACGCCUUCCACGUGGAGCGCGAGAAGGCGCGCGACCCGAAUUACCGGGCCAUGUGCGACGUGAGCGGCUCCGUCAGCUGCUCCAAAGUGUUCGCCUCCAGAUGGGGUCGAGGAUUUGGGCUGUUGGGUUCCAUCUUUGGUAAAGACAGUGCAAUGAACCAGCCAAACAGUCUCUAUGGACUGUUGUUCUACGGGCUUCAGCUGUUGCUGGGAAUGACCGUGAGCGCCAUGGCUGCCCUAAUCCUAAUGACUACGUCAAUUGCGUCUGUCAUGGGGUCACUAUAUCUGGCCUACAUUCUGUACUUCGUCUUGAAGGACUUCUGCAUCAUCUGCGUCACCACGUACGCGCUGAACUUCAUUCUCUUUGUCCUCAACUACAAGCGACUGGUUUACUUGAAUGAGGCCUGGAAGCAGCAGCUCCAAGCCAAGCAGGACUAAAAACAAAGCAAACAAGCAAAAGAAGAAAAUAAGUAUAAAAAAUGUGACCUCUGAACUUCUGACUCACCACCAGGAGAUCCUGCUUCCAAACAUUUUAUUUUGCAGUCUAAAAAAUGGAAACAACAAAAAAAUCUUAUUUUGAGGACAGAGAUCAUGUGUACAACAUAUGACAGGAAGAAUUUGGGAUAAAAGGAAAUUCUUUUUCUUUUUUGUCUUUUUUUCAUUUGGUUCCCCGGUAUGACUGUUCUAUAAGAGAUGGGAGCAAGCAAAAGUGUGCGACGUUGCCUGUGGAUGGCCCCCAAUGUUGGGAAGAAAAACAAGCAAAAGAAACAGGACUGAAAAUGGGAUGUCAAAGGUGUAUACUUGAAAUGGAUAGGGAAAAAAAUCCUUAAUGUCUCAGCUGUUUCUGACCCCACAGGAAGUGAAUUCUGGGAAUUAAAAUAACUGCAUGAUCUUGAUAUAAUUGUACAGUUCACAGAUACAGUUUCAUAACCAGAAGUACAAAGGAAAUGCACCGUGUAAAUCAAUACUACUUUGAGGGCUGCUGAUCCGAAGUGAUUUUUUUUUCCUUGCAGUUCUGUAAAUAGCUGAGCAAUAUUCCAACGUAGAUUGACCAAUUUAAAAAAAAAAAAAAAGUUUUGAGUUGUCGUUUGGAUAAAUAGUAUUGAAAUGCAUUAGCGUGCCCUCCUGGAAAGGAAAUUGUGUGCCCUCCUGGACAAGAAAGCAGCACAAUUACUCUUUACUGGGGGUAGAUAAGUAUCAGAAACGGUGAAAUUCAAACACCUCGGUUUAGUUCUCCCUCCAUCUCUAGAGAAACCUUUGGCUCACGAUGGUGAAACACCACAGUGGCGCCAUUCUUUAAAAAAACAUGCAUCUAAGUCUAAUUUAUAUGACACAUCCAAAUAAAGGAUUGUGUGCCUAAGAAUUAGUCGGGCAGGGUGUACGUGUUACGUUCCGACUUCUUACCGACAUCAUUGUAGUCGUUUUUACUGCUGAAGUCCAGGCAUGUGAAAUGCUUUUUAACCAGUGUAAUGUUCACAGUGGAGUCCAGUAGGCUUCUUCGCAGUGUUUUAAGAUGAUGUCCUGUGUAAUCCGUAGUCAGUCGAAAGGCUCGUGGGACGUCCGACAGGCCCGAGCUGGAACUGCUUUACCGUAGUGACUUUUAUUUGUGUGCACCAAGUCAAGUCGAACUGUUAGAGUGCUUUCUGUAGCCUAAUUAGCCACCGAAACUGGAGCAGUUGGUAUCAGAAAAAUAAAGAACUUUUCAAAAGUGGACAAUAAUGACAACGUUGCUGCGACCCAGACCCAGAAUUCAGUGCCUAUGCCACUACUCCAGACUACUGCCUACUCGCACAGCAAGCCAAGCUUAUAUGCUCGUCUGUCCGUACAUUCAUAAGCGAUGUGUACGUAUUCAAGAGUUGCAACUGAGCGAUUGAGUUAAAUUUAAUUUUUGCUGAAGGACAUUUCUCUGGUAUCUGCGUUUGCGCUCGUCAUCGGCAGGGCCAGUAAGUGUUUGUGUAUGUUAUUUCACUGGUACUGUCAGAGUAAAUAUUCUAACAAAGAUAACUUGAGCUCUAAUCCGAUUGUUUUAAGAAAGGAUGCUAGUUUUCCAUACGGCAGACCAACCUUAUAAACAAUUUUCCUAUGCUAGUUAUGGAAUGCUAGACUUUUGUUCUAGGUGUAGUUAAAUAAUUGAAUAAACACAAUCUGUCGUUAAAAAUAUUCCAAGCUCGAUGUGUGUACAGUGUACUAAGGCAACACUUUUCGUCUUCUGUCUGUAUUGUUCUGUACGUCUUGUCCUUUCCCUGUGAACCUGUGAAGGAAACAAACUCAGUAUUGAAAACAUUGUGUGCAUACGGUCAGUUACAGUACGUUGUGGUGUAAACGAAUUUGGAAAACGACCAGCCGUUAACAUGUUGUGAAGAAUUUCCACUUUAAAAAAAAAAAAAAAAAGGGAACAAAAAUUACCUUUAUUGCUUGCUGUUGAUGGGAUCUAACAUUCAGUGGCACUUUCAUGCGGUAGGUUGUUAAAAAUGAAAUAUAAUUUCAGCAUAUGUCUGCCAAAAAAGAAAUUGGAGAAUACUGACAUGCCAUGGUCCCUGUGAGUGGUGCACAAACAGGCUGGAAGCCAUUGCAUGAAUCCAUAUGCCAGUUGUCAUUGUUUUAGUUGCAGAUUAACAGUUUCUCAUGAAGGCAGAAGUAGUGGAAUCCUUUUUUUUUAUAUAUUUUAAAGAACAAAACAAAAAAAAAAACAACACUUUUGUGGUGUGUCUUAAUUUUUGGAAGGAUGAAAACCACUAUGGUGUGAUACAGGAAGUAAAAUGUAUUACCAUACUGUUGUCACGUGGUAUUUUGCGGUGCGGUGUCGUGAGAGGCGGUGUGCGUAUUUUAUGUGUUGAAUCGCAUCGUUUUACAAUUGGUUAAAUUUGUUUGGACACCAAAACAUAAUUACCCGGAGAUUCGGGAGAAACCGGGAAAGGUUUGUUUGUCAGAGCUCCGUGGCAUGAAGAUUUCCUGCAAUUGGAAUUCAUAAAAA